UUGUGGUCUAGGAAAUGUUUUACUAUCAAAUCAAGGAUGAGACAUUAGAAUCCAAACCAAGGCCUUUUGAUCUCCUAGCAUUCGGGGGAAAAAAAGAGAGGUUAUAUUUAGACUUUCUCCAUGCCAUGCCAUGCCAUGAUUUUAUGUAGAUAUCAUCAUGGAUGAUUUUCAGUUAAAAGAUCCACAUACGAAUAACCUCGGAUAUCCAUGAGAUUUUUUUGACACCAGCAUUGAAGGCGCUCAACUCAGUUACCAAACGUACAGCUCAACAAAUCACAGGUAGCUUGGAAGUGUAGCCCACUUUUUUUAUUUUUGAGCUCACAUGGUUCUCGUAGUCACUAAAUUUGCUUAGUUGUCAUCAUCCAUUUCUCCUUUGUUUUCGUAAAAUUUCUUAAAACCAAACCUUCUUCCAAGACACCCAGGAAAAAAAAAUGCAGCUGACCAGCUGUUAAAUGGAAUUUCCUCAUCUCCUUCAUUGAGAAGCUAAGCUUUAAUGAAGACUACUACUAAGAAGAAGAAACCAACUUAUUUCCCAGGUCUUCUUUUCCUCAUUCUCUCUAAAACUACCAUCUCUGUUUUACUACUAGUACUCUACACCUCCAUUAAACCAUUCACACUAGUGCCUCUUCAUCACGAGAUACCUGAAACAAACUAGUAUCCGUCUCAUCAUCACGGAAAAAGUUUCAGGCUUUCACCAACAUUUCCACCCCUUUUUAAACCCCCCAACAAAAAGUAUCAUUUCUUCGUCCAUCCAUCAAUCAUCAUUAUCAAAAAUGAAGAAACUAUAUCACUUAAUCACUGCUUCAUUGGUACUCUAUCUUUCCAUUACAAUUUCAGUAACAACAGCAAUGUUAGAUCCAGUAGACUUCUUAGCAUUACAAGCAAUUCGAAAAUCUUUAAACGAUUUACCAGGUUCUAAUUUCUUCUCAUCAUGGGAUUUCACUUCUGAUCCAUGUAAUUUCAACGGUGUUUACUGUGUUUCCGAUAGGGUUAUCGCGUUGAACCUUGGUGAUCCUACAGCUGGUUCACCAGGUUUAACUGGUCAUAUACAUCCAUAUAUUGGUAAAUUGUCAUCUCUGAUUGAGCUCUCCAUCGUCCCCGGUCGGAUCAUAGGUACACUUCCGGACACUCUUAAUCAGCUCAAGAAUUUAAGAUUUCUGGCUAUCAGUAAAAACUUCAUUUCCGGUGAUCUUCAUUAUUCAAUCACAGAACUGAAGAAUUUAAGAACUAUUGAUUUGAGUUAUAAUCAAUUAACAGGUUCGAUUCCGAGAAGAAUCGGUACAUUCCGGUCACUGAAUAAUCUCAUACUCUGUCAUAAUCAUCUCUCCGGUUCUAUUCCACCGUUUUUUACACAAUCAUUGACUCGGCUUGAUCUUAAACAUAAUAAGCUAACUGGUUAUUUGCUCCGGUGGUCUUUUCCUUCUACAUUGCAGUAUCUUUCUUUAUCCGGAAACCAUCUGACUGGACCGGUUAACCGGUUGUUAACUCGUUUGAACCGGUUGAAUUAUCUUGACCUGAGUAUGAAUCAGUUUACGGGGAGAAUUCCGGCGAAUUUGUUUACAUUUCCGAUUUCGGAUCUUCAGUUGCAGAGGAAUAUGUUCACAGGUAAUUUACAACCGUUGAAUCAAGUGAUGAUUGGAACGAUUGAUAUAAGUCAUAACAAAUUCUACGGUGAGAUUCCGCCGUUGUUUUCAUCGGUACAGAAGUUGUAUAUGAACCACAAUAAGUUUACAGGGAAAGUUCCAGAGAGUAUGGUGGCGAAUUUAAUGAGCGCAAAUAUACAGAUAUUGUACUUACAGCAUAAUUAUUUGAGUGGGAUACAGAUAAAUCCAAUGGCUGAGAUUCCACUGAGUAGUUCAGUGUGUUUACAGUAUAACUGCAUGGUACCGCCUACACAUACCACAUGUCCAGCUAGUGCUGGAACGGAGAGCACAAGACCGGCUGAUCAGUGUGGAAGUGGAUGGAAAGGCAAGCAAAAUUGACAGAAUUUGUUGUGGGAAAAGGGUAAAUGGGAAGAAAAAAUAAAUAGGAUUAUAUACGUGUUAAUCAAUUGUUAUAUUUUUGGGGGCUCGUACGAUAAGAUUAUAUUAAUAAAAAUUUGUAUCUCGAAACUUAAAUGUAUAAAAUGGGAAAAUAUAUUGAUCCAACGUUUUUGAUCCUGCAGCAUCACGAUCGUUCACAAUCGUAAAAUGUCUGAGCAAAUAUUUGGAUUAUAUAGUUUUGGUUUGUGUAUGAGAAACUGUGUUAUAUUUUGUACUUGUUAAUAAUUGCUUGAAGUGGAAA